CACAUGACCGUGCUCAGUCACAUGACCGCGCUCAAAGCACCAUGGCUCCCCGUUGCCAGAGUGUGUGUGCGCUGCUGUGCCUGUGGCUCCUGCCGGGCCCUGGGGGGGCCGCGGUCCUGGGCGAACUGCACUCAGCCCUUCUGGACCCCGUCAGCGGACAGGUGUCCGUGCGGCCCGGACUCGAACCCGGGGCCAUCGCUUGGGCCAACUUCACGGACCGCAUCGCGAGCACGGGGUGGGCCUACCUGGAGGUGACCACGAGCGAGCAGUACAACGACAGCCUGCAGGCGUACGCAGCUGGAGCCGUGGAGGCGGCGGCCACGUCUCAGCUCCUCUACAAACACUGGAUGAACACUAUGGUGGGCUACUGCGGACCCUUCAAGUACGACAGCGGCUACUGCCGCCGGCUCCAGGACUACAUCAUCAGCAACCUGCUGUGGAUGGAGGCGCAGAUGGAGACGGGGCGGGACCCCGAGUACUGGCACCAGGUGCGCCUGGCCCUGCUGCAGCUCCGAGGCCUGGAGGACGGCUACAACGGCCAGAUGAGCUUCCCCACGGGACGCUUCUCGGUGAACCCUUUGGGCUUCCUCUUGUUCCAGAUGGGCGGGGAUCUCGAGGACCUGGAGGCGGUUCUGAACAAGAGCGCCGUUUCCCGGGCGCUCGGAUCGGGCUCCUGCUCGGCCCUCGUCAAGCUGCUGCCCGGCAACGAGGAGCUCCUGGUUUCCCACGACACGUGGAACAACUACCAGAGCAUGCUGAGGAUCAUGAAGAAGUACUCCUUUGCGUACAGGAGCAACCCUCAAGGUGGUGCCUUUAUUCCUGGAGCAACGCAGGCAUUUUCCUCGUACCCAGGGUCCCUUUUCUCAGGGGAUGACUUCUACAUCCUGAGCAGCGGCUUGGUAACCUUGGAGACGACCAUCGGCAACAACAACCCGGAGCUGUGGAAGUUCGUGACUCCGAAGGGGACGGUGAUGGAGUGGCUGAGGAACGUCGUGGCCAACAGGCUGGCGGAGAGCGGUCGCCAGUGGACGAGCAUCUUCAGCAAGUACAACAGUGGCACGUAUAACAACCAGUGGAUGAUCGUGGACUAUAAACGCUUCCGUCCCGGGAAGGCGGUCGUCGAUGAGCAGCUCUUCACCGUUCUGGAACAGAUUCCAGGUCUGAUUGUGUCCCGGGACAAAAGUAAGGAGCUUUUCCAGAAGGGAUACUGGGCCAGUUACAACAUCCCCUACUACGAGGAGGUGUUCAACGCCAGCGGCUGCCCAGAGCUCGUGAAGAAGUACGGAGACUGGUUCUCCUUCGACAUGAAUCCACGGGCCCAGAUCUUCCGGAGGAACCAAAGCCUGGUCACCGACAUGGAGUCCAUGAUCCGUCUCAUGAGAUACAACAACUUUAAGGAGGACCCCCUGUCCAAGUGCAAGGGCUGUGACCCCGCCUACAACGGGGAGAACGCCAUAUCGGCGCGCUCGGACCUGAAUCCCGCCAACGGGACCUACCCCUUCGGUGCCCUGAGGCAGAGGCCGCAUGGGGGCACGGACAUGAAGGUGACCUCCUUCGCCCUGGUCAAGGAGUUCCAGAUGGUGGCGGCCAGCGGGCCCACGUGGGACCAGGUGCCGGCGUUCCGGUGGAGCACGUCUCCGUACGGCAAGCUGCUGCACAUGGGCCACCCGGACCGCUGGGAGUUCCCGACCGUGUUUGUGCGCUGGGGCUGAACGGGUCCGGUCACCGUGGGGAUGUGACCGCGAACGGACCGGAAACGGCUGCUCAGAGGGAAAGAUAUUAAAAAGAAAAAAAUCAUACAGCUAGAAGCAUGGAGCCUUACAGCCCCCCACACACACACACACACACACACACACACACACACACACACACACACACACACACACUGACCGAGGAGCUGUGCCUCUGAGUGCAUUUGAAUAAAUUUUUAGGUGAUGUUUAUCUGCCCAUUUUCACCUGAGCAUUAAGCUGAGCCUUCAAAAGCUGACACAUCAUAAUAAUUACCACUAUUUCACAACUCCUGUGUAAAUUUAGUGACAUUUGAACAAGUCCUUGCAGGACCUCUAAUGAAGGAUUGCUGUUUGAUUUCCUGGACGCGCAUUUUAAUGGCGGCACGACAAGAUUUCCUGGAUGUGAAUUAAUACAAAUGUGUCUGCGUUGUUGCUGGCGAAACUGUAAUUUUUAAAUGUUUUGUUUUUAAAGGGAGUUACGGGUUCUUUUCAGUCGUAACGGAGGGUGAGCGAUAACAAAAACCCGCUGGCGGUUCACUGAAAUGCCUGUCAACAAGUAUAAACACUUUGCACUCAUUUCUUUAAAAAUAAAACAUGCCAUUUUU